AUGUCUCAGCAGAAUCCGUUGACUCAGCUGGCCUUACCAUGCGCCAUUCUGCUCCUUACUGCUGCAGCUCCGCCAAUAUCGCAGCUGACACUGGCUCCGGUCUAUGGCUCGAUUCCGUCGUCAGAGUUGCACUGGUUGAUGAUCGGGGCGACAUUCUCCCUCGGCACUCUUCUACACCGAUGGCGAGGCCACACGUCCCGUUGGAUCUCCAGAGCGCUGCCAGUAUGGGCAGCUUGGAUGCCUUUGAUCCAGUACCUGCUUCUGCCAUACAGUAAAGCUCUAGGCCCUGUACUCGGGCCCGUAACGAAUGGCUUCCUCAGUUGCCAUACGAUUCUGAUCCCAUCUGCGUAUGCUUUGGGCCCUCCAAUGGAGAAUGUAGACCUUCGAAUGCUGAAUCGUCUGCCUGGUACGUCUCGUCGAACCUCUCACAAGAAACGGUGGAUCUGACCAAAAAGACAGAGCCCCUCAGGCUCACAGCGGUAGCGUUGCCCGCGUUCCUGAUAAUGGAGAAAUCCAUGGCAAGCUACAUCACCUUGCUUCUAUCCCACGUACGCUGGUUGACACCGCUGCAUUUGCAAAUGCUACUCGCGAGCUGUUACUCCGCCCUCUUCCCGUCUUGGCUGCUUUUUGGUGCGAUGCCAGCGAUCCUCCACGCGGCAUUCCUCAACCCGCACAUCGAUUCGAUCGGCGUGAACGCUGCUCUGCAAGCCCACCGGUGGAGCCUCGUGGACCGACAAUGGUCAAACACGGGUUACAUUUCCGUGCUCGAGAGCCAAGAAGCCGGGUACCGCGUCAUGCGCUGCGACCACUCCCUCCUAGGCGGCGAGUGGUUGCUCACGGAAGACCGAAAGAUCAGGGAGGGUUGGCAAGUGAGCGAACCCAUCUACUCCGUCUUCCAAAUGCUCGAGGCCGUCCGUCUGAUGAAACUCGACCCACCGAUCAGGGACACAGAGGCACACGCACUGGUCGUCGGGCUUGGCAUAGGAACUGCUCCUAAAUCCCUUGUCGCGCACGGUGUUAACACGACGGUGGUCGAGCUGGAUCCUGUCGUACAUGCAUUCGCCGUGAAAUACUUCGCCUUGCCGCGUAACCACACCGCAGUGCUACAGGAUGCCGUCUCGUGGAUCAGUACCACGGCUUCACGCCCAGAUCCGGGACAGUACGACUACAUCAUCCACGACGUCUUCACAGGAGGCGCCGAGCCUUUGCAACUCUUCAAUACAGCUUUUCUAGAGAAUCUGAGAACGUUGUUAAAGCCCAACGGAGUAAUAGCCAUCAACUACGCAGGCGACCUGUCCCUCCCCCUCACCCGCCGCGUCCUCCACACCAUCGCCCACGUCUUCCGUGACAAACAGACGCCACCUGGCAGCGCUGGCGGCCAAUGCAAAAUCUACCGCGACUCCCCACCAGAAGCAAAAGACAGCACGACAGACUCCAACGCCGACUUCCUCAACAUGGUCGUCUUCUGCCGCAACACGCCAGGCCCCAUCGCCUUCCGCGCACCCACCCAGAGGGAUUUCCUCGGCAGCAGAUCCCGCCAACAUUACAUGCGUCCCCGACCCGAGCUAGAAAUUCCCUUCCCCAUGACCACGGCACAUCAUCGUGUGACUGACAACGCAGACGACGCGGAGAUCCUGGUCCUUGGCGACGAAAGGCGCUUUGCCGGGGAACUCCUCGAAGGCGCGAUUCGACACUGGCAUAUCAUGCGCAGGGUGUUGCCGGACGCCGUUUGGGAGUUGUGGUAG